CUCCCGCACUCACCUCGUUCCAAUCCAUGAAGCUGAAGUUUCGCUGGCUGAAAGCCACAGAGCUUGGUGGAUAUCGCUCGUCAAAGAUGGGUGGGAUGUGACACAAUCUAUAAUGUACCAAUCGAUCACCUGGUCAAGUCCUUGAUCCCCGAGGUUCUUGACCCUUUUUUCUUGGUGAGAACAGGCUAAAUAGAUCAAACCAGUCGGUUGACAGAAACUUCUUUCAUCCCCGGUUUUCAACUCGGGCUCCAAAACUUGACUGCGACUCAACCGUAGUCGCGCUGUCCUUCGAAUGACUGAGCAGGGGAAGGGCUGUGGAGACAGUAGCGGGGAUGAUUUCUCUGAUGCUCCCCAGGUUUUUGAACGCCCUACAGGCUUGAAGGGCCUCUACUACCACCCUUUGACCCAAAUAAUCAUGCUCGGAAUCGUAUGCUUCAUGUGCCCAGGCCUCUUCAAUGCGAUUAACGGCCUAGGCGCCGCUGGAAGACUUGAUCCGACCACCAGUUCCAACUCAAACACUGCUCUUUACUCGACAUUUGGUGUCGCCGCAUUUUUCGCCGGUUCCAUCAAUAAUGUUCUCGGUUCGAAACUCACUUUACUACUUGGGAGCUUUGGCUAUUGUAUAUACAUCGGUUCUUACCUAACUCUUAAACUCCAUCCGAAUGCGUCUGGUUUUGUUAUCGCCGCUGGUACGAUUCUUGGGGCUUGCGCUGGAAUGCUUUGGUCAGCACAGGGUUCCCUUAUGCUUUCGUAUCCCACCGAGAAGGAGAAAGGGAGAUACAUCGCCGUGUUCUGGACCAUUUUUAAUUUGGGCAGUGUUGUCGGCGCGGCCAUUUCAUUCGGCGAGAAUUUUCAUUCAUUGUCGAAUGACGUGAAUACCGGGACCUAUAUUGCCUUUCUGGUGCUGACUGCCAUAGGAAUCUCGGUACCUACGUUAAUGGUAUCUCCCGAGAAGAUCAUUCGAACAGAUGGUACUAAGGUCAACAUACCUCUACAUCCUUCAUGGAAAACACAGAUAUAUGGACUCUGGGUCGCAUUGAAAACAGAUCCUCUCAUUGUCCUUCUAUUCCCCAUGUUUUUCGCCUCUAAUUGGUUUUACACCUGGCAGUUCAACAUGUACAAUUGGGCCUUAUUCAAUAUUCGUGCCCGGUCAUUGAACAAUCUUGUCUAUUGGGUAUCCCAAAUCAUCGGCUCCAUUCUCAUCAGUUUCCUUCUUGACCGGACGUCCCUUUCUCGACGAGUUCGUGCUUUUUCGAGCUGGGCUAUACUUUUUGCGAUGAUUUUUGUCACCCACACUUGGGCGUAUUUCUACCAAAAAGAAUAUACGCGAGAGACAUACGCUGGAGAUAUGACGAAAAUGGACAUAUACGAUAAGGGGUAUAUACCCCGAGUUUGUUUAUAUGUUCUCUUUGGAAUCCUCGACGCUAUGUGGCAAACGACAGCCUAUUGGAUUAUGGGCGCGAUGUCUAACGAUCCUGCCAAACUGGCUUACUUCGCUGGAUUUUACAAAUCCCUGCAGUCUGCGGGUGCCGCGGGUGUGUGGCGUGCUGAUGCAGUGCAGUUACCGUAUAUGGGUAUAUUUAUUUCGACGUGGGUUCUGCUCGUAGCAGGACUUUUGUUUGCUUUACCGAUGAUACAUCUCCGAGUAAAAGAUCAUACUGAUUUCGAGGACGAGACGAUUGCACGAAUGGAUAGAUCCGGUCGCGUACUGGACAUGGACGAGAUAUCACUGUCAAAUCGUUCGAAUCGCCAUUACUCGUGAAACGUUGACGUGAACUCACCAACUCUGCGUUUUUUUUUUUUCCGUCAUUGUUUACGAUCUAUAUGAUGGAGUAUUUUAUUUAUUAUGUUGAUCUCUAAGUGCUCAUUUUGAUCUCGUUGUAUUGUUAAAUCGGGUCUUUUUUAGACUAAUGUUGUAUCAUUUUAUCCUCCGUGGCGCGCUACGUUACGUUGUUGCGUUACUUUCGAAAAUGCUAUCGCCAUCCCCAUUUUCGGCUGA